AUCCAAUUGAUCAAAGGGGACAGCGAUUCCGUCAAUUGAGCCGGGAUAAGGAUCUGGAUUAGGGUUAAGGUUGCGGCUUUGUCGCUUGCAUCGACACUCGGAGGAAGGGGCAAGGCACCGGGGAGGCGAUCGGAUCAAUCAUGACGGGUAAGGCGAAGCCGAAGAAGCACACAGCGAAGGAGAUCGCCUCGAAGAUCGACGCCGCGACGACUAACAGGGGCGGCGGCAAGGCGGGGCUGUCAGAUCGCUCUGGCCAGGAGAAGGGCGGUCACGCGAAGCUGGAAUGCCCUCUCUGCAAGACCACCGCCCCCGACCUCAAGUCCAUGCAGAUCCACCACGACGCCCGCCAUCCCAAGAUCCCCUUCGACGAGUCCAAGCUCAUCAACCUCCACUCGAGCUAUGUUGGUGAUACAUCUAAGCCCCGUCCUGGUGUCCGCGGCAGCCUCAAGAAGUAGCCUUCCCCCUGUGGCAGUUGUUAUCGUCGGUAAUCUUACUACUAAGUUUGUUCCGCUAUUUGCCCUUCCGCGCUGCUACUAGUUGUCUCGAAACCGCCAUCGUUAUUGUCUAUCUACUUCUUCCAUACCCCUGAAAUGUUUGCUUUUGGCCACGAAUCAUCUCUUGACCCUUUAUGUACUAUGGUCGGCCGCGUGUUAUGUGUCCGUGAAGAGAGGUUAGGGAAUAUGGACGUGUGAAUAAGGUGUGACAACAGUCGGAUGGUUAACUCUAUUAAUGCAUAUGACUACUUUUAUAUCA